UGGCAGCCCAACGCCACGUUCCCGGGCCGAAGGGAGGAGAACGCGAGGGUGGGCGUGGCUCCUCGAGCGCCCACCAAUGGGCGAGGGGCGUGCGUGGCGCAGCCUUCGCUCGUCGCGAGCCAGUCCUCUGCCGAGUCCGCCGGGGAGGCAGGGCAGGGCUGGGCUAAGAUGGCGGCGCCCGUCCUGCUGCGAGUGUCGGUGCCGCGCUGGGAGCGGGUGGCCCGCUACGCCGUGUGCCUGGCGGGCAUCGCGCUGUCCCUCUACGCCUGCCACCUGGAGCGCGAGAAGGGCCGCGACCUCCACUACCGGGCCGUCUGCGACCUCAGCGAGCGCGUCCGCUGCUCCGCCGCCAUCGCCUCCAGAUGGGGUCGAGGGUUCGGCCUGCUGGGCUCCAUAUUUGGGAAGGACAGUGUAAUAAACCAGCCGAACAGUGUUUUCGGGCUUGUGUUUUAUGUAUUACAGAUGCUGCUUGGUACGACGGCAAGUGCAGUAGCGGCCCUAGUCCUCAUGAUGUCCUCCCUAGUAUCUGUAAUAGGAUCCUUGUACCUGGCCUACAUUCUAUACUUUGUACUGAAGGAAUUCUGCAUCGUCUGUGUUGUCACGUACUUGCUGAACUUCAUUCUCUUUAUCAUCAACUACAAACGACUAGUUUACUUGAACGAGGCCUGGAAACGCCAACUCUCCCCCAACAAACAGGAUUAAUUUCCCUGUGAACUUGUGGCAGACAGAAUCUGAAGACCCGACUUCAAGUUACUCCACAGCAAACAAGAAACUUUUUAAAAAAUUCUUAUUGGAUGCUUUUCCUGAGAAUCAGAACUGGCUUCAUUACAACCAGUGAGGAAGGAAAGAGCCCCUAAGUAACUUCAGUGCUAACCUUCAAGUCGGUAUCGUGAGGAUCGGCCAAGGAAAUUCUCAUCCAAUCAAAGAUGAGCGUUAGCUCUGCUUUGAUGGCGUUUCUUAGCUGCAGAUUCUUUCUCUGUCCUGUCUUCCCCAUUCGCUCCCUUCCCCCCAAAAUAUUUAAAGUUGGAAACACUUGCUAGGAAGUACCUUGUGCGUGCAUCAAUUCAGUUUUGGGGUCUAGCGGAAGACAUGAUCAUGAUAACUUUAUUCUAGACUUUAGAGGUACCGUACGGAGAUGUUGCCGUGUUUACAUUAUGUGUGUGUGUAUGUCUGUAGCUGAUGGAGUUCGAAAAGCAUAGGUGCGACAAGACCACUUGCUGCAGAACUGUAUGUAACGCUGGAAAGGGCCGGCCAUACCUUUUGCGAAACCAGAAGCUUGUCACAGCUCGGCUGACUUUGUUUAGAAGCGAAAGGAUCUUGAAGAAUCAUUUGUCCUCUUGCUAGGAGAUCAUUUUAACAAAGGGCUUGUCCAGACAAACAGGCUAAAAUGAGCCCAUCUCUGCGGAAGACUUGCGGUUAGCUCAGAUGCCCUGUGUUUGUGUAUGUGUACAGAUGCACGUGUAUCUGUAACGAGACGUAAAUUGAUGCUGACAGUUGUAUGUGUUUCAAAAGUGAUGGAACCGUUUCGGGUUCUCUGUGUAACAUACGAGUUGUUCCUUAUGACUGGCAAAAGACGUUUAUUUUUUGAGAAUGCUGCAAAGAGGAUUUGGCCGGGUGGGGACAUAGGGAAUGUAGAGGAGGACGCCUCUUUAUUACAGAUGAACUUUGUUCCGAAUGGAAUUUCAGGAGACAGAACUGGUUGCUCCCUUCAAACGAGUGUCAAGUGGCCAGACAGUAUUACCAGUUCAAUAAGCUGCUGUGUAGAAUUGUGACUCUUACACUGGAUCCCAGUAACUUACUGGCAAACUGAUGCACUGUUCGGGCAUCGCCUAUGGUGAAAUCUUGCCCUACCAGCCUCACUGAAACCAGAGGGCAGCUGCUGAAAGAAACCAAGCCCUUGAGCAGUUUCCCUUCGUUUCAUUGUGGUUGGUGGAGGAAUGCUUCUGUACAGGUGAUGUCCAUAACGACCAAGUGAUUCAGGAUCUUUGCUACAUGCCUAGCAGAGAUUAGAGUGAGUGUGUGUCAACUGUCCCCAACCCAAAGUGAUAUACUGGAGUGGGGAGCUUUUGUGUCUGUGUUUGUAGGGGGUUGUUAAAGGAAAUAAAUAAGCAAAUUACUUGGAACCGACUGAGGUGUUCAGGAUUCGGUCGUGGUUCUUGACAUGUUCGAGCAAAUUGUGGUUCACCGUGUUGUGUCUCCCCACCCCCGGUCUGUGUCAUCCUGAAACACAAUGUUUAAAAAGUGCCUUCUGUCUUUUAACCGCAAAGCAAACAAAAGCAACCAAAUAUUUGUGGGCGUGUGAAAUUGGCAGGCAGAAGUGUUCUCACAUGUGCAAAGGAAAACAAACCUUGGCAGUAUUGGCGGGAAAUGUUUUUGUGCUCCUUGCAUGCCAAGGUGCAGUAGCAUUGUGCAUGAAUUUCUCUGAGGGCAUACCAAAAGAUCCCUAAUUGUGGGGGGAGGCUAAGAGUGCCACUUUAGCCGGUUGGACCUGUGCAGUGUGCAAUUGCCUGCAGCUGUGCUGAUAUCCAUAACUGACAGAGACCCGUACAGGUGCUGUGGAGCCUGCAGGUAGUUUGCACUCUUACCGCUGUGGUAAUUCAUGGAGAGUGCACCCUGCAGUAUUGUAUCCAGUUGGCUGAGCCUGCAGGCUUUUUCCAGUGUGUGUUGACAGCGGAAUUAGCACAGUUGGCACUGGAUUUCAAGAGCAAGGCUUGGCAGGAUGAGAAGGCCAUAGAGGACAGUAGCAGCAGCAAUUAACUCUGGGCACAGUUAUGAACCUUCAUGCAGAGUUCCCAUCAGAGCUACUGCAUUUGCGUUUGCCCUCCAGCAACCAUUUGUGGUUUCUUGCGGCAGUGGAGAGAAACAAGGAGGUCACUGCAAUUUCUCAUCCCUUCGUGCAACAGCAGGAAUAACACAGCCGCCUAAGGGGGUGAUUGGGUAGUGAUAGUGGCUCUCUGCAGGUGCCUGUAGCAGCUGUUGGAACGUAACAGCUGUUGCAGUCACUUGGAGGCUGCUUGCUACCUGUAGCAUUCAGUCAAGGCUCACAGGCAAGCCAGUCUGUAGGGUUGGUAUCUACAGGGCUGGCAAUUCUGACCAGGAAACACAAGCCAUCUCUUGGGGGCACUGAAAAACAAGGCAGCUCAGCUGAACUGCAUACAGUCUGACAGUUGCGGGUGGAUCCUUUGCAAAGGAUCUUGGAGCACACCUAUACAGUCACGAGGAGCAGCAGAACUAUCUAGGGCUAGCUCGGAUUGUAUCUCAGCCAUGCUGUGUUCUCUCCACUGCAUCGAUGCCAAAAUACGAAUCCUGCAAGGUUUUUUUUUUAUUGGCAAGCGUCGGUUGUCUUCUCGCCUUCGUAUUUGUCAGGAGUUAGCUUGUCAAAGCCCUCCCUUUAAUAAUUCUGUUCAGUCUGAAAUUUCUUUCCUUUUGAGCCUCUGUGUGAAAUCCUGGUUUUGAUGUACUGUACGAAAAAAAAAGACAAAUUCAGUGCGGAGGUAUUAACGGAAUGCUCUUGUAUUAGUGUCUUCAGCGGAAGUGGCUUCCAGCCUGGAGGAACAUCCCAACAGUAUUGAAAUGUCUGCCAAAGUUCGUCCAGCUUUUACUUGGGACGGGAGGGGCGUGGAGCGCGAGGGUGGUGAAGGGGAACCCUGUGUUGUUAUAAUAUACAUUAGAACACUGAACCUGUUUGUGCUCAUCCAGAGCUUUUCAGUCUAUCCUUGUGUCAAUCAGAGAAUGUUUUAAAGCCUGUCUUGAACUUUGAAAUCCAAGGAGGAGUGGGAAGGCGGAACCUUCUGUCAUAUUUCCUGGGGGACCACUGAGGUUUUGCCUUCUCCGCUUUGGGAAGGUCCGCCUCUGAGUUUUUAGUUGUUGUUUUUUAUUUUAAAAACAUUCCAGUAGCCAUUAUGAAACAAAGGAUGAAACAAAAGAUGCCAUUUUCGGACUCUGCCUGGUAAGGAUAUCAAAUAAGGAAUUGUAGGUGUGCAGAAAGGGUGAGGGAAGUUUUCUUCACUUUUCCUGCUGGGGUCUGCUCCUUGGGCUGGCAAACUGUGUUGCCCUUUGAGCCCUUGGCUUGCCGACAGGAAGGUGGACUUGGAUUUGAGUUGAAUUUGGUCGUUGAAGGGGCCUGUUCUGUUUCUCACCCCCGCCCUCGGCUUCAACAGAGGAAGAGUUUGGCGGGAAAAAAUUAUCUGCUUCCCGUGCACUUUUCAGUUCAGGGGGAAUCUAGUCUCUGAAACCAGAGCAACUCACUUCGCUGCUUGCCAGAGCAUGCCUCUCUGGUCCUCGUUCCUUCUCCAUGAAAUGAAGGAGUCUCAGGUCUCACGGGCUGGAAAAGGGAUUCAGAGCAGCAGCUGUUCGACACCCUUAAGCUGCACCACUUGCAGAGAGCUACGAUUUUGCCCAGGUUUGGGGUAGGGGAAACUUAUCUAUGUAGCCUGGUAGCAGGGGUGGGGGAGGAAGUGGUUAAAAAGCCCCCUCCUCGUAACAGUCCUCCUUGCUCGACUCAUUGUGAUAUACAUGCUGAAGCUUUAAAGCAUAGGUGUCAAACUCGCGGCCCUCCAGAUGAUAUGGACUAUAGUUCCCAUCACCCCCUGCCAGCAUCCUGGCAGGGGAUGAUGGGAACUGUGGUGCAUAACAUCUGGAGGGCUGUGAGUUUGACGCCUGUGCUUUAAAGAGACCCUUGCGUGGAACCUGGUGGUGGUGGUUAAAGGAUGUUCUGUUCAUGGCUUGCCAGCGUAACCCCAUUCUGCCCUCGGCCAUCUCUCAUGUGGGGUGAACAGCAGUAGAAGACUACAGGACUCCUGCAGCUGGCGGGGAGAGUGCAGAAGAGCGCACGCCGCUUCUCUCUGCGUCACUGGCCGAUUCCGCAGCAGUUCCAUCUUGUGCACCAUCCUUGACAGGUUAAGGCCUCUAUUGUCCACUCUUGCCAAUGGUCACCUGUCAAAAUUAGCUCUUUGGUGGUUAGUGGCAGUUACGGCUGAGAAAUUGGCCUGCGGGAAGCAAGUACUGUGGUCUUCUCUCUUCUGCAAAGCAUAGUAGUCACUGAAGACCAUUGGCUUCUGGGCUUGAAUUCACUGAGGAGGAGUAAGGCGUCUGUGCAGGUGUCCCUUCUGGGAGAAGGCACCCUCGGGCCAGUAAACCUAUCCACCCUCUUUGCAGAACCUUAAAAUCGUUCGUUGAACACCCCCAAUUUGCAUUGGUCAGACUGAGUGUUAGUUGUCCUGCAACAGGAGAAUAAUUGUUGUAAGUCACCCUGGAAUGUAUUUGAAGGCUGGGAUCCAAAUCAAAUAUACAAAUACAUACAAUAAAAGAACAACAUUUUAUUUAUUUCUCAUCCUUCUCUGCCAAAGCAGUACUCAGGGCAGUUUACAACAAGACAAUCUCCUUUACAGAACAAUAGCAGAAGUAUGAAAUGUAGAAAAAUGCACGGCUCUCAAAUAUGGCUCCUUGUCAUGCAACAACUGUCAACGUGUGAACAUCCAGAUUAUAAUUUAGAGAAUGUGAGGAGAUAGCAGCAAAACUUUGGUGAGCUUUGGGCCAGGUAUAACCAGGAUUUUGUCAGAAGAAGAGCACAAGGCUCUUUUGGUAUAGUGGAAGAAAGUGCGCCUAGUUGCAGGCAGCCGCUUGGCAGCCCCAUCCAAUCAGCAGGUAGCCCAGUCGUGGCUGUUCCUGCCUGCCAUUCCCAAGAGGGCUUUCUGGCAGUAUGGAGAGGCUAAAAUGCAAAUAAGUCUCCCUACCACUAGAAAGCCCCUAUUGGCUUAAUGGACUUACACCCCCGAAAAGGUGGUGUAAUUCCAAAGCCCCGGGCUGUCACCUCAAUGGGAGGCAGUGGCCAUGAAGAAACUUGAUUAACAUCAGCUCUGCCCCUGGACAUGCCCACAAGCCACCCCCACUAUGAUGGGAGGCGCAGAAGCCACCCCCACUGUGAUGGGAGCGCAGGGACGCUGAUGUAGCAUUUAGCGUGGCAUCCCACCACCGGAGAUGGCUGCACGGAAGCGGAUUCACCCCUCCACAAAUCUUUGAAUGGGGCCAUUAAUCUAAGUCUUCUUUGUGCCAGGAUUCUGUGACUGUUCAGGUGGCGCCGCUUUGGGAGAGAAGGAGAAGCUGGCAGAGAGGGAUUCACAAGCAGAGAAGGGAAACAGCCCUGUAAGGUUGGCGCCUGAGGGGUAGACGUACUCCAAAGCGUAGCCCAACGUGAGUCGCAUUUCGUCCUGAAGAUGCUCAGUUAUUUCACCGCUCAGUUUCAGGGCAUGAUUUGAUCCCACAGAGAUGAGGGGGUUAGAAAGUCGGGUGGCGUUGUGGCUCCUGAUCUGUGUGGAGAUACUUGAAGCAACAACCAGAUUAAACUUUGCUCGGGUUCUGCCAACGUUGUUUAACCACGACCUAGCAAAAGAAAUCUGUUGCGGGUAAAAAUAUUCAGUUAUCAUUUUGGGUUUUUUUUUUUUUAAAAAAAAUCUGUAUUAAGCAUGGCCUAAGUAUUUGGUGUGUGUGCCCUGUCUCGUACGUUCCAUCCGACAAAUUUUUAUCACGUGCUUUGAACUCCAAACUGUCUCUCUGUCCAGCGGAGUUGUUCCGUUUUUACGUUCAGCGUAAGACUACAGAAUCCUGAGGUCUAGAAUAGAGUUUUGCUAAUGGGGAAUUAAACAAACCUGUAAAUAAUGUAAGAAUGUUUAUUUGUUGCACAUAACUUUUUUGGUAUAAAAAUAAAUGUAGAAAUUA